AUGCGGCCGGUCACCAACGGCCCCCUACCCUACCACAAACCGCCAGACUCCAACCAACCCGCCCACUUUCAAUACUACGCCGACCAGAACCCCAGAAGCAGAAGACCCAUCCACAUCCAGCUCCGAGGCGGCUCCAGCGACCAACCCUAUCUGAGCGAUUCCCAAGUCGUCAUGAAGCCUCCUUACCAAAAGAAUCCUUUAACGAGCGCUACCGAAUUCUGGCGGCUUCGCGAUCAGCAACAGCACCAACAGCAGAGCCAGCUGCAGCAACAGCAAGCCGCAGCAGCUGUCCGACAAACUCGGAAACCGGUUCUGUCGGCGGCGGCGGCAGCAGCGGCGUUGGCCAAACCUCCGCACCAAAGCGACCGCUCCCGCUCCAACAGCCCUCGCCCCGGCGACGCUCUGCGCGCGCGCGCGGCCAAACCGCGGCCCGCGGGGCUCAUGCGGCCAGCGGACUCCCAGAGCUCGCUCAGUGGCGCCUCGGACGCAGCCCCGCCCCCUGGCGACUCGCUGGACAACGGCCCGCGCCCCCUGUCCAUGGUGCUGGAGAACGCCGAGGCCCCGGAGCCUCUGUCGCCGAAACCCACGCCUCCAGCCCCUCCAGCGCGCCGGUUCUCGCGCCAGAGCUCCACGUCCAGCCUGGAGGCGAACGACUGGGCCGCGGACGACGACUCGCGCCGGCGCUCCACCAGCCAGCGGCGCUCCAGCAACCUGGAGGACGCGCUCAACGAGCUGGAGGCCAUCUACAAGAGCCUGCGCCUCGGAGACGAGGAUCUGCUGGAACGCGCCGAGCGGCGGGAGGCUCCGGCCUACAGACCGCCACCGCCGCCGCCAGAAGCGGCCUACCCGUGGAGGGCGGCGCGGUGCGGCGCCGAGUCCGACUCGGGGUUCAACUACGGCGGCGACCGCGCGCCCCGGCUGCGCAGGCCGCUCGGGGCCCCGGACCCCGUCACCGACGACAUGGCCUACCGCCGGCUGCACCCCAAAGAGCGGCCCAGCUCCCAGGACGCGCGAGCUCUCGUGUCGCAGUCGGGCAGCUACCUCUUGGCGUCCCCGGCCCUGGCCCAGCAGGCGAGCGACCCGGUGCUGGCUGCCCCGCCGCCCCCGCCGCCUGCGGCCGCCGCCGACGAGCCGGACGUCACCCACGACGACGUGCUCUUCCGUAGCAUCAAGCACGCCAAUAACACGCUGCGCAUCAGCGACCCGCAGCCGCCGUUCGGGAUCCCGCUGGGCCCCGUCACCCCGGCCGCCAGCAGCGACUACCUGCACGCCACGCCCGUGGACCGGCCGCGCUCCGCCUUCAAGCCCUGCAAGAUCCCCGACGUGGUGAAGGACGACCUGGCGUUCCGGGCGCUGCGCAAGGACACGCAGAAGGACCCCUCGCUGCCGCCCGCCCGCCUCGACGGCGUGGAGGCCCUGUUCCCUUCGCGCGUCGAGCCCACGGCAACCGGAAGUAACUUCUCUCUGCGCAAGAAGCGAGCCGUGCGCUCGCUCUGCGCUGUCGCGCCAAAUAGUGAUUGGGGCUGGUGCACCGAGAACCGCUCGUGUCCCCUGCGCCGCAGCCCGCGACGGAAGGACCUGGAGAAGACGCAGAGCCUGACGGGACCUGGCCGAACGCGGUUGGGCAGUGAGCGCAGAGAAGCAUCCUGGAAGGGAAGGAGGUGA